AUGAGCACUUUUGGCGGGAAAAUUCAAGAAUUACCCAAUAUCAGUGUGGACAGAUUUGAUGGAGAAAAUUUUGAAUCUGAAGCUUAUUUUUUAUCUCACUGUCAUAGCGAUCAUAUGAGAGGAUUGGGAUUAUACUGUUUUCAAGAACAACUGGUAGAAAAAGGGAAAUAUUUAUACGCGUCUCAGAUUUCUUGUGCAAUUCUUAAAAGGUUGCAUCCUUAUAUUAAAAAUAAUGUAAAAGAACUAGACUUAAACAUCGCAAUUACAAUUUUAUUAGAAAAUAAAAAAAUUUCAGUGACUUUAAUACCUGCUGGUCACUGUCCUGGUUCAGUAAUGUUUCUUUUUGAAAAUGGUACUAGAAUUUUAUAUACUGGAGACUACAGAAUUAGUAAAAAUGAUAUUAAAAGAUUCGAUGUAUUUUAUGAUCAGUUUGGUAAAGUGAAAAUUAUAGAUACUAUUUAUUUAGAUACCACAUUUUUCUUAACAAAGUAUUUACAUUUUCCAAAAAGAGAAGAAAGUCUCCAAGAAUUGAUUCAAAUUAUCAAAGAAUGGACAGAUAAUGGAAAGCUUUAUUAUAUAAGUCUUAGAACAAGUGCCAAGUAUGGGUAUGAAUACGUUUUUAAUGAAAUAUUUAAUAAACUGAACAUGCCAGUUCAUGUUGGAGAAGAGGCAUAUAGGUUUUAUUCCCUUAUUCCAGAAAUGGAUAAAUCUGUGACUCUGGAUGCUUUUAUUACACCAAUACAUUCAAACUGUGAUGGUUUUGGAAAAACUUGUAUAUAUUAUGCACAGGACUUGAUGGUUAAAACAAUAAGGGUAUCAGCUUUUCGUUGGACCCAAGAUACCCUUACUGAUGGUAUGUCAGAAAUUGGGGCUGGUGAGCACUACAUAUGUUAUUCUACACAUGCUUCUUAUGAAGAAGGUGUAUCUUUCAUUAGAUUUCUCAAACCGAGACAAAUAGAAAUUUGUGUAAAACACGAUGAUCCUAAUAUUAAUAAAGAAAUGUCAGAUCUUAUUGAACAACAUUUAGAAGAAUUUAAAACUAAUUUGAAAGAGGAAAUAUUGCAUGUCCCAAAAUUGUUUGAAACAGAAAAUGUACAGAAAAAGCGAAAAAAUAAUAACGACGGAUUUUUUGGAAUUUUGGAUUCCCCGCCUAGAGAGGAUGUUGGAAUGCAAAAAGCAAAUAUUUUUCGUAGUAUGAGAAUUAAAGAAGAUCUAUUAAAAAACACGCAAGCAACAAAAUAUUCAAAAUCGGAACCCUCUUCAACAAUUUGUAUGGAACAGGUGCCUUGUCCAUCAUUUAGUUCAAACAAAUCAAACUUUAAACCAACUUCUAACAUUCUUAAUAAUACAUUAGAAUCAACAAAUAAUAAAAAUUCAGUAGUAAGUGCAAAUACGAAUUCAGUAACCAAAUACGAAGAUAAAACUAAAAAUCAAUUUGAUAUGGAUACUCCAGAUAUUUUUAUUGGACAGGUACCUUCUCCAUCAUUUAGUGCAAAUAUAACAAAUUUUAAAACACCUUCUAACAUUUUAUUAGAAUCUACCAGAGCUCAAACAAAAUGUGAUACUAUAUUUAAUAAAAAUUCAGUAGUUAGUUUAAAUUCGAAUGCAACCAAAAACAAAACUAAAAAUCAAAUUGAUCAGGAUAAUCCAGAAAAUAUUUUAUAUGAUAUUUUAAAUUCAAGUUCUAACAUUCCUCAAUAUUUUCCAAAUAUUUCAUCUUCAGAUGAUGAAGAUGAAGAUGAGGAAGCUAAGAUACUUAUAGAUAUAAUUAAUUCUCGUUCCAAUCACUGA